AUGCCCGACCGAGCGACCGAGAUCCGAACACUUGAGAUACAAACCGCGGCAAACAUCCGAGGCGGCAACAUCGGUGGGGCGGCGCUGGCAACAUCGCGGGUGUUACUCCCAUCCUACCAGUAUCCAGUCGUCGCCGCCGCACGGACCGCGCCGCACGUCCCCCGCACCGUCGACACCACCGGCUGCAGCCUGGCACAACAAAUCGCACACCAACUGUACUAUCCAAUUCGCCUCAGCCCAACGCACGACGGUCUUCUGCCACUCAUGCUGCGCUGCAUUUCGUCCGGUGGAUGUCAAAACGGUGCUUAUGAUGCGCAACUUACAAUAUGG